UUUCAAAUGUUAUACGCAAGAAGUUUAUUUACAUCGCAACUCGUCGUUUUGUCGUGUUUGUUUUUUACAUUCUUCUCGUGAAAUUUAUGUAUUUUCAGCACGAUUGUUGAUCGUAAAUCAUAUUUUUAACAGCGAAAAACAGUCUGUAUCAGUUGUUUACUCAAACAUGGCGACCAAUGGCUCAGAGCUGCAGAUUGACGAUGGCGUACUCCGGUGUAGAACCUGUCUCGCAGCUGAAGUAGAUGAGCUAAUAUCCCUCCACUGUCGGUGCGAAUCACAGGACAAACUGGUCAUGGAUAUGCUAUCCGAAGUGGCGCCCCAGACGCGUUCCCACAGGAACAGUGAAUUGCCGCAACACGUUUGCGACCAUUGCCUCGUCCAACUGGAUGAAGCGUUUACGUUCCGGAAGCAGGUUCAGAAUGCGCUUUUAGGGUUUCGCCAAGCACAGGACUGGGAAGAAUGUUGCCGCACCUGUCAGCGUGACUCUGUGGAUGAACUGAUUUCGGUGUUCUGCGUUUCCAGCGAGGAAGACAAGCUGGUUGCCGACAUGCUGAAGGAUUGCUGUGGAGUUCCUCGUCCUUCGGCCAAUGAUUGUCUGCCUCAGCAUAUUUGUGGAGAAUGCUUCGAUAGUUUGUUCUCCACGCAUACGUUUUGGGUUAUGGUUGUAAAAUCGGAUUUGAACCUGAGAAAUGCGUUGAAUACAAAAAAGAGACAAUCCAAACUGCCUCCACCGGUGCAGAAGAAGUUCGUCCCUCGAUUGGACGAAGAGUUGGAUCCUUUUAUCUAUCCGGAUUCCCUUGGUAUGGAUGGAGAGGAGAUGAUGAAGCAUUUCUUAACCACGGAGGAUGCUGAAUACUAUGAACAAUUGACGUUCUCCGGAGUUAUCUGUUGCUGUGGGAAGCUGUUGGGAAGCGAUGAAGAGUGGCAGGAACAUCGCCGGGAAGUUCACACAAUCCAGGAAUUGCCUUCCACCGCCAGGAACAAAUGUGAUAUUUGCUAUCUGAAAUUUCAGUACGCUUUACAGUUAAGCGAACACCUGGAAAAUCGCGACCGAAAGCACUUCUAUCGCUGUAAAAUUUGUAACAUUCUUACAAAAGAAUUGAGAAACUUACAGCUGCACUUUGAGUUCACCCGAUUCCAUCCCAUCCUGGAGGACACCGAGGAGGAGCGAAUCAACUUUGAUGUAAAGGCUGGAACGAUUUAUACGCCACCAGGAACGUGCUGCGAUUGUUAUGAGGAGUUCGAAACGGGUGAAUAUCUUCUCGAACACACCUUACAGCAUCAUUUCCCAGAACGAGAACAUCAACCCAUGUUCCAGUGUAUGAUUUGCUACAACAGCUUCACGGACAAGCAGUCCCUUCUGAAGCACCAGCUGACAUACAAAGGAUCUAGAGCUUAUCGUUGCUUGACCUCAGGCUGUAAAUUUCAAACAACCGAUCGCUUAGAAAUGAAGAAACACAUAGAAGCCGAUCUACACCUGAAUGCCAGUAUGCUUCCAGCCGUAGCAACCGAACCGGAAAUAACGGAAUACUUCUGUUGCUUCUUCCUGUGCACCGGUUCAUUCGGAACCUACGAAGAUCUGGAACACCAUUGCAUAAACGACCACGCUGAGCAACGUGCAACAAAUCGUUCUUUCCUACCGGGAGGCACAACCAACAUUUGCCCUCUCUGCAUCCGCCACUUCCAAUCAGAUGCCAUUUUCAAAAAGCAUCUUCGGAAGCAAAACGAACGAAACUACUCCUGCGGUACGUGCGGCAAGAAAUUCUUCUGUCGCGAAGUUCUUUACAGGCACGAAAAGAUUCACUCGGAACCACCGUCCGAACCGGCCGUCUUCCCAUGCGAUCAAUGCGGGGCAACUUACGCCGGGAAGUACACUCUGGCGAAGCACAUCAAAAAGAUCCAUCAGGGGAUCUUGCCGGAUCUUUGCACCACUUGCGGGAGGAGUUUUGCCAACAAGUCGGCCCUCAGAAAUCACAUCGCCAACGUCCACCUGGAAAUACGUCCACACAAGUGCCACAUCUGCCCGCGCCAGUUCGGAUCGAAACUAUCGCUCCAGAAGCAUCAGGCCAACCACACGGGCGAGCGGCCGUACAAGUGCACCCAAUGUGGGCGUGCCUACAAGUAUGCGAGCGACCUGAAACGCCACGAAGACAUCGCCCACCUGAACCUGAGGCCGUUCGUGUGCGAUCAGUGCGAGGCAAGCUUCGCCCGGAGCCGCGAACUGCGCGUCCACAUGACCAGACACACUAGGGAAAAGUUCUUCAAGUGCGCGGUGGAGGGCUGCGACUAUUCGACCAACUUCAGGAAACGCAUGACGGACCAUGAAGCCAGACACGAUGAGGAAAGCAAUGAUAACGUUUGAAAUAGUAUUAGGUCAAUACAUUUUUUCUUGAUCUUUAGAUCAAUGGUUCGUUGCGCACUCGAAGUAUCGCAGGCAUGAUUCCUACGAAUUGUAUGAAUAUUAGGGCAUAGAUAUAAGGAACAAACAAAUAGAUUGUACCUAGUACAUAUUUUGAUUUAGUUCAAAUAAAUUGUUUUAAACGAAA